CAUCGUCAACUGCACGAGCAGCAGACUCCCCGCAGGGAUCCCAGCGUUACACACACUGCUGUUUAGAUGGCUGACAGAAAGGAGUAACUUCGUAAACUGUGCUGCAAACACUCUGAGAUCAUCUACAAAGUGUCCCAGGGCCCGAGAUACGACACAAUGGAGGAAGAAUUUGAAGAUAUCGAUUCAUCCGGGGGAUGGCAAAACCUUUUCAAUGAGAUCCGUAACCAAGCCAGUGAAUUUCCCUACAAAGUGGCAAAACUUCCAGCGAACCGGAAUUUGAACCGCUACAGAGACGUCAGCCCAUACGACCACAGUCGGGUUAAACUCGAAAACUCUGAAAAUGACUACAUCAACGCUAGUUCAGUGAUGGUGAAAGAAGCCCAGCGAGCUUACAUCCUCUGUCAGGGGCCUUUGAGGAACACCUGCGGUCACUUCUGGCUGAUGAUUUGGGAACAGUGUUCGAAAGCUAUUAUAAUGCUCAACAGAGUCAUUGAAAAGGGAUCUGAGAAGUGUGCACAGUACUGGCCCACCUCAGAGGAGCUGCAGAUGUCCUUCACAGACACGGGGUUCGUGGUCCGGCUGCUUUCAGAGGAGGACCGGUCCUACUACACAAUCCGAGUGCUGCAACUGCAGAACACAGUGAUGGGGGAGUCCAGGGAGAUCUACCACUUUCACUACACCACGUGGCCUGACUUCGGCGUGCCCGAAUCCCCGGCCUCCUUCCUCAACUUCCUCUUCAAGGUCCGGGAGUCGGGCUCGCUAGGGCCGGAGCACGGGCCCUCUGUGGUGCACUGCAGCGCCGGCAUAGGACGCUCGGGGACCUUUGCCCUGGUGGACACCUGCCUGGUGUUGAUGGCGAGGAGGAAGAACCAGUCGUCAGUGUCCAUACAGAAGGUCCUGCUGGACAUGAGGGAAUACCGCAUGGGCCUUAUUCAGACCCCUGACCAGCUCCGCUUCUCCUACAUGGCCGUCAUCGAGGGAGUCAAGCUCAUCCCCACGGACAUGCAGAAAGUGGCGUCCGGAGACAAUGUGGAGGAGGAGCUAGAUCUGCCCCUUCCACCACCACCACCACCACCACCUCGCCCACAAACUCCACCCCGACCGCACCUCAACGACAGCAUGCCCAACGGUCAGCCAGGAACCCGUCCGGAAACGCCGGGCGCCUCAGAGGAGCCGGACGACCCGCAGCAGGACGUGGCCGAGGAGUCGGGGCAAGUCCGAAAGCGGCAGCGCGGGGAGCGGAUCGCCUGCACCUCGCAGAAGGUCCAGCAGAUGAAACAGAGACUCAGCCACUCGGAGAGGAAACGAGACUCGUGGCUGUACUGGAAACCCAUCCUGCUCAACGUCGGCGCCGGGGCGGCCGUGGCUGUCGGCCUGCUGGUGUGCUGGAUAUUCUUCCAGUGAACACCCAAAAACAGACUCCUAAUUUGCACCAGUACCUGGGGUUAGGGACCUCCCUAAGUAGAUGUAGAUGCAUAGCUGAGGGUAUUUAUUUCUUAAGGUCAGAAAUUGUGGGAGCGCUAGAUCAAAAAAAACGAUUGUGUGUGUAUAUUUUUCAUGUUAAGAUCUUAACAAACAAACAAAAAUUAGUAACAUCUCAGGAUAUUGGUGCCAGCACGACGAUUUCAUUUCCUUCUUGCCACUCGAUGAAUGUACUGUAUCAUAGCGAACCGCUUUGAGAGGAACCUUACGAAAAGGUUCAGUGCUAAGCAAGAGAAAAAAAGAAGAAUUCUGCCGCGUGUCGUUUGUUCCUUAUUUGUAACGGUGAGGUGCAUGUCGGUCAUCCGUAGACACCUAAACAUUUCAAAUAAGUUGUCUUGUUCAGACCCCAGAGCUUAGAGCCAAAUAGUUGUGGUUUUUCUGUGCAUAUCCUGCACACAUUUAGAGGUUUUUCACUUGUUCUUCCACUCACAUUUAGCAGGGCAUCCUGAUACAACCAGAUCUAUAUUUUUGUGUUACUGGAUACUUUAUUGAGAACGGCCCUGCUGAUGUUCCUAACCUCUUUUUUUUUUCUUCUUUUAUCUGAGCACCUUUUUCAUAAGCUUUGAGUGUCGCGUUCAACAUAAAAGUUGGUCACUGCUUGGUGCGUGUGUUUACCCACUGGAUGGGUUUAUGUGUGUACUUUUUUAUUUCUUUAGGAAAACCAAAGCAAAGGUAUCCAUAACAGCCAGGGAAGCUGUUAAGUUAAUGAAAUAUUGUCGUGGAAUGUAUUUUCUGUUGGAAUCGCUUGGAUAUAACUGACACAAACCUUACCUGUGGCUUGUAAUUUGAACACAAAGAAUUGGCGAAGAAUUGGUUGUGAAUUGACUGGGACCAAUCUAAAGCUAUAACCGUGCAACUGAGAAGUCGGAGCAGAGCACCGGGGGAUAGCAGUGAGGAGGUGUGUGCGUCCGCUGGUGGAGAUAGCUUUAAAUGUGCCUUGACGUGAAUUAAAUGGAAGGAGGAAGCGAAGAAGAAGAAAAGGGCUGUGCUCCCCAAGAUUUCCCACCACGAUCAGAUAAAGGUGUUUGAGAUCAGUUGUUUCCCGCUUAACAUUGACCGGUUUGUAGUAGCGAUGUAUCCAGAGGUGAUGCUACACCAAAUGUGUCAAGCAUGAAUGGACCCGUUGCGAUGAAGUGGGGGAUUUUUUCAGUGGCUGCUGUUGGACGUGGCUUUGACUCAUUUGACCCAGAAGAGAAACGUUUGACCGUAACAUUCCAUUCAUUGUUGUUUUUCCACAUGAAGAUUUCAGGGGAGUUUUUGGACACUGCUGAAAGCCGCAGACAGAAUAUGACGGAGCAUACAAAAAUGAAAUACUUCCUCAAAUAAAGCAUUCAUCUUUUUUUCUUUUU